AUGCCAGAGGAGCGUUGGAACGAGGUCGGCAAUAAGAAAAACGCACGUCGUCAUAUCUUCCCGCCUGGCAACAACGCCAAGAAAGAUGCUACCGGUGCGGGAACAGCUGCGGGAGAAAGCGCUCCGCGUGGUACGUAUACUGGUGGCCGACAACGACAAAUGAAAGAACGUCAUAAGAAUGCCUUCAGACAACGAGGAGCGGAUCGCAAGAUGCGCGGCGCUUAUUAA